ACACGCUGGGCAGCGUGACAGCGCCUUACUUUCAACAUCCGGACAAUAAUAUGAGCACGACGAGCCAAGACCACUGCUAAACAUUGACGCACGUCGUUGUCAUAAGAGUGGGACAAAAUGUCUGAUUCAGACUCUGAUUCUGACUAUGGUGGCGACUGGGACGCCAGAGAACGUACAGCUGCCAAACGUAUGGCCCGUCUAAGGAAAGAUGCACUCAUCACCUUGCAUCCAUCAGAUGAGGUUUUUGAGCGAUGGAGCCGUAUUUCUGUUGACACCAGGAAAGAGGCUGCACAGCGGAUGAAGGUUUGUGCCUUCUGGCUUCCCAUCCUGCUGCAGCGCCAAGAGCACAGCAUGACUGUCUGCUGGGCUUUAGAGAUCGGCCUCAUCGACUCAAUUGACAGUGAAGAGCUGAAUCUGAGGCACCUUCACAAGAUAGAAACUUUGGAAGCGAUCCUCCGAGCCCUGGAGAAAGGAACCUUGAAAAAGGACCAAACGAAGCACAUUUUCCUGAUAAGCAACAUGUUCAGCCUGCACUCCCCAGAGGUUUUGGAGGACGCGUUACACUGGCUGGAGCGAACGGGAGAACCUGCAAUCCGCCAUCGCGUCAUGGGCCUCGGCCACAUACACACCUGCUUCACAGCCCUGCACCUGAUCUUCACUGAGUUCGCUAAGUAUAUUCUGGAGAUGGGAAACGACCUGGAGAGUACCAUGAGGGCUCUGACGUCUCAACCAGCUGAACAUUAUAUAGAGAAAAGUGAAGAAAUGAAGAAGAAAGGGAAUGAAAACUUUCAGAGGAAGCAGUAUGAUGAUGCUGUGAAGUUUUAUUCCAAAGCCAUCAAAUAUUACCCUGACAACCACAUCAUUUAUGGAAACAGAGCCCUUUGCUAUAUCCGGUGUAGGAAAUAUCUAAAAGCUGUUGGCGAUGGAAAACGUGCGACUCUGAUCAAACCGCUGUGGGCUAAGGGUCACUACCGCUACUGCGAGGCUUUGUUCUCCUUGGGGGAGGUCAGAAUGGCUAUUGAGGCCAACAGUUCAGCCCGGAGUCUGUGCAAGGAUGACCAGGUGGGAAUCAAAGACCUGGAGCAACAACACCUGAAGUUCACUGAGAUGGCAGAGCCCAAAGUUGGACGGCCGAAGAAAAUUCACAGUAAAGGACUGGACGGCAGCAGCAGAGGGGCGGAGCCUCGGUCGCAGUCCGUAAAAGCUGCGAAUAAGAUCGAUCCAGCUUCGAACGCAGCUCCGCACACGAAGGUCUCGCAGAAUAAAAUGGACAAGAAACCAGGGAAACAUGAGAGGACGGCUCAGGCAGAGGGCAGCACCAAAGACUGUAAACCAUCGAAAAGUGAGUUUGGGAAAGGAGAGUCGAGCUCUGCUGCGAAGAAGAAACCAAAGAACAGGAAUCAGUCUGAAGAGGAGGUAACGCUCACCUGUGCUGGAAUGCAGCUGGAAAACCAGAAAGCGGACACCAGUCGGUCUCUAGAAGAUGUGCGUAAAGAGUUGAGCUCUAUAAUGCAGGAAGCACACACGGCUCUGACCGACCGCCGCAGCCGCAACGCAGAGCGGGCCUUCAGACAGGCGCUGGCCUUAAUGAAAACCAACACAGCUCAGGAGCUCGGACUCUUCAAAGACGAUUUGAUGUUGUUGCUUUUCGGCCUGGCGCGCGCCCUGACGGAGAUCGGCCAGGCUCAGGAACUUGGAGAAGCACAAAGCCUUCUGGAGAAGAUGAAGUCGUUUGAGGAGAGGACGUUUCAGUGUCUGGUUUACUACGCCAUGGGCAGGGUGUCGGCCAGAGAGAACAGGUUUGCAGAUGCUCUGGAGCAGUUUUCAGAUUCCCUGCAGAUGGUGAAGAAUGGAAUAACACCUGGUAAACUCACCUGGCCUGCAACAAAAGAGAUCGUUAUAGAAACGCAGCCAGAAUAUUUCACGGAAUUUCUGAAGAGAGCUAUAGAGUUCUAUAAAUUUCCUCCUAUUCCUAACGCCAUUUGUCGACUUGAGAAGAGCCCCGGUCAUUCGAAAGCUGAAAUCUACCUCACAGAUCCAGAUUUUAAGGGUUACAUUCAAAUAUGCUGCUGUCAGAGCUGCAUGGUCGAAUACCACAUGACCUGUUGGAAGACCCUGAAGGCGUCAUCCUUCUCUGAAAAGAAUGAAAAGGAUUUUCUGCAGGAGCCCUGUUUAACUCCAGACUGCGUCGGACAAAUCUGUAGUAUCAAAAUCAUUAGUCCAACGGGCCUGGUGAAAUGUAAGUUUGAAGCUGCCGUCAUCAAACCGAAGCCGCUGAAGAAGCCGAAAGUGAACCAGAAAUGUACGAGUCUGAAGAAGUUAAAAUCAAAGGAAGAGCGCCGGCUCAGGAGGAAGCAGCAUAAACAGUCUUUUCAAGAAAAACAGGCUAUUAAUGAUGAGAUCCUGCAGCAGGAAGAAGACUCGGCCACACAGAUUCAGCAGAAAGCCUGGCUGCUGUACAGGGAUCGAGUUCUUCUGCAGAUCAGCCAGAACAUGGAUCUGCUGAGAGAGGAGAAAGGCCUCCAGGCGUCGGCCCUGACCGGCAGUCUGAGGCCCUGGCUUGAGCUGGACUCGUCGAGGGGGAACCAGCUGGCCGGGAGGAUCCUGAACUGGCAGCGGGAGCAGAGCGGAGCGGAGACGUUAGGACCGGUCGUCGAGAUGCUGCUGGAGAGGAAGAACCGGGUUUGGGCUCGUGUCCUAAUCCAGCUGCUCAGUAGCUGUGAGGAUAUAAAUCCUAAACUCAGCAGCUGGGCCUGCCACCUCAACAGUGCAGGUUUGAACGCUGCCAGGUCCUUCAUCGAGCGUUACUCAGCACACCUGGAGCAGCUGGACUUGGCUGUUUUGCUCAACUUUGGUCCCCUGCAGGAGGUGAUUAUAGAAAAGCUCGGGACUAGACCGGAGCUUUUUUCAAGCAUCGGCUUGACUGUGACUGAAUACCUAAAACAGGCUCCGGAUCAGGACACGAGACUGUUUAUCUGGACUCUGGAGGAGCACAGAGAGGAGUACGUCUCCUGCCACACUAUACUGGAUGAGUAUUUUGAUAUGAUGGAUGGACAUUGUUCAGUGUUAAAAAAAUCUGAUGAAAAUCAAAAUAAUUCUCCUCUGAGGAGUCGAGGCCGGAAAAAGAAACAGAAAGAGCCGAAGGGCCUCAUCGUUUGGUCUGGGAUGAGAGCCGUACCUCAGAGGGACGAAUGGGACCAAGAAUUUUUUGAAGAUGACUCUUUAUCGUUCCUUCACCCCGCCGAUUCCUUCAGCGUACCGAGUCACCUUCGAGAGCAGGUGGCGGAUUUUGAAGACCAGUACAACAGCAGCAGACACAGAAGCCACUUUAAACAGAUUUUGGACAACAACCCCGACCCGACCAAAGAGAGUUUGUACGACUACUUCGCUCAGAUCCUGGAGGAGCACGGUCCGCUGGUCGCCGAGGACCCUCUUCUGGUGGGAGAGCUGGAAAACUUCCCAGCCGAGGCUCAGCUGAAGAUCCAGGAAGCGGGCGGCUUCGAGCCCUUCCUGCUGGAGUCCCUUCGCUUCAUAAAGAUGGGCCGGUGCAUAGGCCUGGCGAGGCACGCCGUGUCGCUGCAGCAGGCCGGGCGUGGAGCCGGUCUGGACGACCUGGACGUGAUGGAGGAUCCCGACACGAACUCUUCAUCUCCUGUUGUGGCGGCGCGUCCUGACUCUGCGUUCACAAGCUGCCUGAACGAUUAUUCAUCCGCUCAGACUGACUUCUGUCCCGUCCUCCCGAGUCCGUACAUAUACGGAUCCCUGCCUCCUCCUCCUCCUCCUCCCGGCCUGUCGGCGGGGGGAGUCCCUGUGACGGAGAUCGAUGCCUUCUGGACUGCGGCCGACGGUCGGCAGCAGGACUCUUACUUCUUACAGGAUGACGACAGAGAGCUGGAUCUGUACUGCGGCGAGGUCGACGGCGGAGAUGAUCCGUCUUCGGCGAGGACGGAUGAAGGUCUUCUGAAGAAACACGCGGCGGCGCAGACGUGUCAGGAGAGCGUGAGGAGCGUAGCCGUGAUCACGGAGCCUCACGAGCCCUUCGAGAGCUGCCAGGGCGACAUCAACAAAAAGCAAAAGAGCAACAGAGAGAUGGAGGAACAGAUCGAGAAAAUGAUAAAUGGCUGCGACGCCGUCAACCUGAGGCGCAAAGAGGAGCUCGCGUCCCUCGAGGAGGAAGAGCAGAAGAUCACCGCCAACAUACAAGUGACCAAUAAGGAGCUGGCACUGUUCCAGCAGAAGCUGGAGGAGGAGGUGAAGAAGGACCAGAAGGAGAAGAAAGCCAACCAGGAAGCACAGAGGUCCCUGAAGGUGGAGAUCGAAGAGCUGGUGGAGGAACAGGGGAGUUUGGCCCAAAAAAUCCGAGAGAAAAAAGCCGACUACGACGCAAAGUUGAGGGAUUUCUUGGAGUUGAGCAAUCAGUCGGCGGCAGAGAAGAUGAGUCUGGAGGAUGAGAUCAGGCGCUGUAAGGUGUUGUUAACCUCGGCCGCCAGGAGGUCUCGCGCCGCUCAGCUGUCGGUGGUGGAAAGCGCUCGGGAUCAGAGUUUAUACGAGCUGGGCCGAGAGCUGACCGACGCCAAAGCUCUGCUGACCAAGCUGGACGAAGCGGCGCACAGACACCCAAACCAAGAGCUGGAAGUGAGCCGCAGCAGCUGCAGAGGCAGCGUCCAGGAGGCGGAGAAGAGGGUCUCAGCUGCAGAGACACAGUACCAGGAGCAGAUGGAUCAAGUGAAGAACGGCAGAAGAGUCAGCGAGCUGCUUUCAGCCGACGUCGGCGCCCGGCCCGAACCUGCAGCCGCACCACCUCCGGAGCCCACCGGAGAGGUCGUGCCUCCGUCUUCAGCCUCCGUCAGCGCCGCCCCGCUCGUCCAGCAGCCCGCAGCUCAGACGCAGCACAGACCUCCACCCAGGAGCCUGGAGCCCCCACACAGCACCGUGUUCGACAGGGCCAUGGAGUGCCUGGCCGCCAUGUUUCCAGACUACACGAGGUCAGACUUGAUGAGCUUCGUUCAGGAGCUGCGUUCCUCCAGCGGGGGCAGUCUGAGCUCCAUGGCGCUGCAGGAUGUGGUGGGUGGAGUGACCCAGCUGAUCCUGGACUAUCAGGAGAAGCUUAACUCUGUGAAAUCCAACAUGGUGGAAGGUGGGAGGACAGCUCAGUGUGCGACGCCCCCCCCGGUGGCCCCGGCCCCGGUGUGGCAGAUGGUCGGACCCCACAGAGCCACACACUCGAGUGCGCUGAACGUGGAGGAUCCCUGCAUCAUCUGUCACGACGACAUGAGUCCAGACAGCAUGUUUGUGCUGGAGUGCAGACACAGCUUCCACGAGGAGUGCAUCCGGCCGUGGCUGAAGGAGAAGAGGACCUGUCCCACCUGCAGAGACCACGCCCUGCUACCCGAAGACUUCCCCGUGCUGCCCGGCAGGAGGCGCCAGGCCCUGUGAUGUCUUCAGCCCUCCUCUUCCUCCUCAGUUCUGCUUUUAUCUUAUUUUUUUAAUCACUCGUUCCAUUAAGAUCUAAAUGAGCACAGAGUGCUCGAGUUUUAUCAUUUACAUGUUCAGACAUUUAUUCACCAAUUUAUACUUUGAAUAAACAACAAGUCUUGUGUUUGA